UGCUUAUUGGCGCUUGCUACUUAACGCUAGAUUGACAGAUCUGGGCGCCAGCCAGUCUCUCUACGGCGUGCGACAGUAUUGGGGCGGCAUGGGGCAAUGGAGAUCGCUCGAUGGCAGGCAGGGGACAGCAGGAGGGAUACACGGUGUUUGAUCAGAUUGUCGAGAAGGAAGGAAUAGAAGGAGAAGAAGCCGCUAGUCCACAUUCACUAUAUCCGCCUUGCGGGACGCACGCUCGGCUUGCGCAUGCGCAGAAGGAAGACCUGGAUUGGAUUGUUGACAGUCACAAUUUCUCGUCCCAACCAAUGCAGAUGCCCCGGAGGGGUGGAGCCUGGCUUUCACUGGCCCGCACGCCUUCUUCCCGCGGGUUUCGUAGCGUCGCCAGUGUUUGUGCGAGUUCUUCGCGUCCGAGCCAUGGAAUCGGGACUGAUCCGACGACUGGCCCCACGCCUGGGCCUCGCCGAGCCGGAGGUGCUGAGGAAAGCAGAGGAAUACUCGCGACUGUCCCAGGUGAAGUGUGUUGGCCUGUCUGCCCAUACCACAGAAACCAGCAAUGCAGUCAUGUGCCUGGACCUGGCAGCUUCCUGUAUGAAGUGCCCUUUGGACAGGGCUUAUUUAAUUAAACUUUCUGGUUUGAACAAGAAGAUGUAUCAGAGCUGUCUUAAAUCUUUUGAGUGCUUACUGGGCCUGAAUUCAAAUAUUGGAAUAAGAGACCUGGCUGUACAGUUUAGCUGCACAGAGGCAGUAAACAUGGCUUCAAAGAUACUGCUAAGCUAUGAGUCCAGUCUUCCUCAGACGCAGCAGGUAGAUCUUGAUUUAUCCAGGCCGCUCUUCACCACUGCUGCACUACUUUCAGCGUGCAAGAUUCUAAAGCUAAAGGUGGAUAAAAACAAAAUGGUAGCCACCUCCAGUGUUAAAAAGCCCAUAUUUGAUCGACUGUAUAAACAAUUAGAGAAGAUUGGGCAGCAGAUCGACAAACCUGGAGAUUUACCUGUUCUACCACAGAAGAAGAGGAAGAUAAUGGUUGAACCCCCAGCAAAGGAAAUAGAGAACACAGUAGAGAUCCCAAGUAAACCACAGAAAGAUGAAAAUCUGACACAGGAUUAUGAAGAAUGGAAAAGGAAAAUUUUGGAAAAUGCUGCCAGUGCUCAAAAGGCUACAGGAGAGUGAUUUCAGCUUUCAGACUGGUAUGUGCGGCAAACCAGUAGUAUAUUACCACCUCCCAGAAGAUCUGAGGGCUUUGGAAUUUCAUUUGAACUUUUAUAACUAGGAUCCUAAGACAAUUGUGUUAAUAGCAAAGAAGCCAGCAGUUCAGGGCAUUGGGCUGGCCCCUGACCUGGGCAACAGAGAUCAACCACAGUGUCUGACUGGCACAGCCCCAGCUUCCCACCAGUCUGUGUUCUCCCACAAAAUGGAAUUGAAGCCAUUUUGCUUUUUUACUUUGUUUUAAAAUAAAAGGUAGUCUUUUGUCCUGCCCAGGAUAUAAAGUUCAGAGUGAGUGGAAUCUGACAAGUUGUACUUCAAAGUUUUAAGUUUUUGGUUUAAUUAAAUCAAUAUAUUGUGUGACAUAAAUUAAUAAAUGUUAUUUUUCUAUGCGUUCAGGUAGCACUUGUCACCCCUUAGAGGGAUCCUUGUUAUGCCAAAAGCAUUGUCUACUCUAGCAGGAACACACAGAUUUACACUGAGUCGCGCUGCUCACCAGUGCAUAGACUCAAACUAGACUUUCUAGGUUUAGAAGCCUACUCAGCAACUUUCCACCUGUGAAACCAUGAGCAAAUUAAUUAUCUUUAUGCCUCAUCAAUAAAAUAGGAAUAGGGGCCAGCAGAUGGCAUAAUGUAAUACAUCUCUGGAC